UUUUUUUUUUUUCCAUCGGACUACCCUCUGAUCCUUUUCACAAAUAGAGCAAUGAAAGUGAAACUGGACUUUCACUCUGCCAGAGACAGCGAGCAGGAACAGGUAACUAAACAACACUCAGAUAACCAGUACAAAAGACAGAGAAAGAAAGAAAAGCCAAAAAUGAUUCUGGAAAAUGAAAGUAUUGAAGGAAAAUACUUUAUAAUUGAGACUGGAACGUCAUGCAAUUUACGGAAAGAGAUUUUAGAUCGUCUCCGUCGACAAAGGCCUGGUUUGAAGGAGGUGCACACUGUGAGAGAGUGUGAUGUGAUUUUGGACUUCUGCACCAUUUCUUCACGGGUCGGAACUGACAUUGAUGCUGCAUUGAAAGAUCUUAAUAACCGUUCAGCAUCCAAACCAGCUAUUUUUAUGGUGCUUCAUCACACAUUUGAGCCAGACAAGGUCAUACCAGACAGCAGCAGUUAUGUGAACAGGAUGGAUACACUCACUGUGGACUGUCUGUUCAAUGAAGAUCAGGGUUUGUUGAAAUGCAUCAGGAAUGAUGAGGCGCUGACCAAAAUUGCUCAACCGUUUAAGCUUCAGAAACAAUGUAAAUGGAAUAUGAAUGUUAUCGUUACCGUUACCGUCACCAUCACCAUCAUUAUCUUGAUUGCCACUGGUCUUCCUCUGUGGUACAGAUUGAAACAUUAAGAUGAAGAAAGAGAAGAAAGAGAACUUAAUAAGUUGGAAUUAAAUUUAAGGGCUGAUAAGAUGGCAUGGAACACAAACAAACAAGAGAAAGAUCCAUUUAAUCAGUAACCCUGGAUUUUUGAAAUGACAGGAGCAAUUGCUACUCAUUAUCAUAAUGUAAUUAACAACAUUAAAUUAUAAUAAGCUUUAAAAUGUGUUCAACCUAUUUGAUUAGAUGCAUGCAAAUAAAUAUUUGUUAUUGUAUAGCAUGAACAUGAACAUUAAGCUUGAGAAGUUCAGUGUUAAGAUUGAAUUGGAUUACUUACAUUGUACUUGUAAGGGGUAUAAAACUAUAACAUAACGGUAAUAUAAUGUUUUUGUUGGGGCUUAAAUUCUUAGUGCAACGAACCCACAUGUAUUAUGUUCAUGUCAUUUUAUUUUUUGUGGUCUUUAAGAUAUUUUAUCAUUAUUUGUAUUAUUUUUGUAUGUUUGAACUUGUAUAUAAUUUGAAUUAUGUUAAAUGUAAUAGGGUGUGGUUAAGGACUUAACAGUGUUUUGACAGUGUGUUCACUGAGUGAUGUGUAUAUGACCUGUAUACCUAUGCUCACACUAAGCAAUUAAUCCUUUAAUUAGUUCUACGUACCUGUUUCUGUUCAUUUGAUUACUCUCCUAUGUAUUUAAGCCCUCUGUUUCCUUUGUGUCAUUGUCCAGUAUUGUUUGUUAAGUGUGGUUAUGUCCUGAGCUUCUUCCAUGUGAUUGUGUUCCUAAUGGAAUUUACCAUUACCAUUGCUAUCCUUUGUGAUGGUGCACUUACUAUAGCCUACACAGCACCUGACAUGAUGAAAUAAAAUGAGUCUCAACUGUGAA